UAAGUUCGACGAUGAACACGACGACAGUGAUUUGGGAAGAGGAAAACUUGACGACCACGGAGAGCCCGACGGCGUACAGGGCAACGACGUGGGAUGAUGCAACAUGGAUUCUGACAAGUGCCUUCCUCAUAUUCACCAUGCAAUCAGGCUUCGGUCUCCUCGAGUCAGGCAGUGUCACUCUCAAGAACGAAGUCAACAUCAUGGUCAAGAACGCCGUCGACGUCCUGUUCGGCGGAAUCUCAUUCUGGAUGUUCGGUUACGGGUUGAGCUUCGGCGUCGACAAGGGAUCCAACGCCUUCAUCGGCAUUGGGGAUUUCUUUGUUGAUAGCAAGAGGAUGGAUGCUGAAAUGGGUCAUCUCUUUGCCCAUUUCUUCUUUCAUGCCUCCUUCGCGACCACGGCGACCACCAUCGUCAGCGGGGCGAUGGCGGAGAGAACAAAACUCGAAGCCUACAUCGUCUUUUCUUUCGUCAACACCUUCGUGUACGCACUACCAGCUCACUGGAUAUGGGCACCUAACGGAUGGCUUCAUGCGAUGGGUGUGGUCGAUAUCUCGGGAGCGGGACCAGUGCACCUACUGGGAGGGGUAACAGGGCUGGUAGCUACCCUCAUGCUGGGUCCUAGACACGGACGGUUUGGAGAGAUAGAAGAACGACCGGUACAGAGUAGUCCCAUCAAUACACUGCUUGGUCUAUUCAUGUUAUGGUGGGGUUGGCUUGGUUUUAACUGUGGUAGUACGUAUGGCGUUGCUGGCCAAAAAUGGAUCUUGACUAUAAGGUCAGCUGUUUCUACCAUCUUGUCAUCAAUCUCUGGAGGUAUAACAGGCAUUACACUCAGUUACCUGUUUCUAAAUCGUCGCUUUAAUAUUCCGUGGCUUAUCAACUCCGUGUUAGCAUCGCUCGUAUCCAUCACAGCGUACUGUGCUCUGGCCCACCCGUGGGAGGCGAUCAUCAUCGGCGCUGUGGGUGGGGUGAUAGGUUGUGCGUCAACACCCUUCAUCGAAUGGUUGAAGAUUGAUGAUCCUGCCAGUGUUAUCUCCGUUCACUUCUUCCCUGCGAUCUGGAGUUUGAUGGCAGUGGGGAUCUUUGGUCAGAUCGAUACCCUGGGAGAUUUCAAUCGUCACAAUGGUUUGAUUCACGGAGGAGGUUUCUGGUUGCUUGGUGUCCAGCUCCUGUCCGUGGUCUGUCUGGUGGUUUGGACAGCCAUCACCUCCUUCAUAUUCCUCUUCGCCCUCAAGGUCACCGUCGGAAUUCGUGUCUCGCUCCACGAAGAACUCAUCGGCGCCGACGUCGUCGAGCACGGCUUACACGGCAACUACGACAAGCGCUCGGGUGAGCUUACCGACCAGGAGGGCGUCGUUAUUCUCCGGAUUGAUCGGUCGACGCCGCAUGACUACGAGUUGUCCCUCGCCGCUCUGCGUCGUCGGGUGAAAUUGUUUGGAGGUACGGUAUUUCAGAGGCAGUGGACAGGAGGGGCUCACACUCUAGAUGUGCCUUCUAAGAAGAGUACGAGUAAGAAAUACGAGUGUGACUCGUUCCAAGAACGUCAGGAUGAAAGCAUUCGAUCAGACGGUCCAGCAGUUCAUGUUCACUUUCUAAACGCGGCUUUGGAAGGCAGAUCUCUAUCCGUGAAUGGUGGUAUUGGGAAUGAACGAUAA